AUGAGUGGAUACGUUGGAAACCUUUCACCAGAACAAGAACAUCAAUUAGGUAUUAUUAAAUCUAAAAUUGCAGAAAUUAAUGAUCCAGUUGUAGAAAAAGAAAUUCAACAAUUAGAUGAUUCUAUGACCUUAAGAUUUUUAAGAGCUAGAAAAUGGAAUCUAAAAGAUUCAUUUGAUAUGCUCUAUGAAGCAUUAAAAUUCCGAGCAACAUUUCAAGAUGUUGGAGUUGAAGGUAUAACAGAAUCAAUGGUUGUUAAUGAAUUAAAGAGUGGUAAGAGUUAUUUCCAUGGUGUUGAUAAAGGUGGUAGACCAGUUUGUAUUGUUAAAACCAGUAGACAUGAUAGUUACAACAGAGAUUUGAAUGAAUCGAUGAGAUAUUGUGUCUACGUAAUGGAAAAUGGUAAAUCAAUGUUAAAGGACGGUAUUGAAACUUGUACACUUAUUUUCGAUAUGUCUGAUUUUAGUUCAAAAAAUAUGGAUUAUCCAUUGGUUAAAUUUAUGGUUGAAUUAUUUCAAAAGUUUUAUCCAGAAUCAUUACAAAAAUGUUUAAUUUUAAAUGCACCUUGGAUCUUUAUGGGAAUUUGGCAUAUCAUCAAACAUUGGUUAGAUCCAAAUACCGCUUCAAAAGUUUCUUUUGUCAAAACUAAACAAUUGGUUGAUUAUAUUCCAAAAGAUCAAUUAGAAAGUUCUUAUGGUGGAACAAGUACAUUUAAAUAUACUUAUGAAGGAAAAGAAGUAAAGUAA